AUAUUAAUAUAUAAUAUUUUUAUGGCAGUUUUUGAUGCAGAUAUUUUUGUCCUCUAAGGACCUCUGAGUAACUUUUUUUAAUAGACACACAAGGGUUAAUGCAUAUACAGUAUAAAGCAAUUAAUAUUGUAAAUAAUGUGGUAUUCAUAACUGCCAUAACAAUCAUGCUUUACACCGUAUUGUAUGGAAACUUUUUAAGAAUAGCCUACAACAAAAACACCAAUACUGCAUCAUGAGCAGAAACACACAUUAAAUAACAACAACACAACAUUAAGAUGUAUGUGCUCCAUUUUUAAGAUCUGCUGCUGCUCUGGUGAUUCUGUUCAUUGUAUUCAGACCAUCCCGGUUUUUAUAAUUCCCCUCAACGUCAUCGUUGAUCUGACCAAUGAGCGACUCUCACAGCUGUGAGUCACGCCUAUUGGUCACUGGGCGGGGCAUCACACCAGUCGCUCUCGCCGUUCAUUGGUCGCUACGCUCUGAGCCCAUGACGCGUGAGCCAAUCAGAGGCGUCAGUUGAUCGUGUGAGAGAGAUUUACGGUGCGCAGGUGGGAUUAUGCCGCAUCCCGCAUCUCUGUAGAGGUUGAAUGGAAACACCAGCGCUUGAAUUUCACAUCACCUGUUAAGAAAAGCAUCCUGACUGAACGUGUAAGCACAAAUGGACAUCCUGAAGUCUUUAGGACACCCGGAAGAGAUCUACAAUCUCUGUAAAUACAAAAUAGGAGGCUGCCGUUCUGUAAUGCCAAAAUUGGAUUAUGACUCCAUGAGCGAAGCCCUGCGGACCUGCUACGCGUAUCUGAACCAGACGAGCCGGAGCUUCGCGGCGGUGAUUCAGGCCCUGGACGGAGAACUACGGCAUGCGGUGUGUAUAUUCUACCUGGUUCUGCGAGCUCUGGACACGGUUGAAGACGACAUGACGAUCCCGCUGGAGAAGAAGGUUCCGUUACUGCAUGAUUUUCACACGUUCCUCUAUGAGCCGGAGUGGUGCUUCACCGACAGCAGAGAGAAAGACAGACAGGUCCUGGAGGAUUUUCCCACGAUUUCAGUGGAGUUCAGGAAUUUGGGCCAGGAGUAUCGGGAUGUAAUUUCAGAUAUUUGUCACCGGAUGGGUGUUGGGAUGGCAGAAUUCCUGGAGAAGAAAGUUGGAUCCAUGAAUGAGUGGGACGAGUACUGUCAUUACGUGGCGGGUCUGGUUGGGAUCGGACUGUCCCGUCUGUUCUCAGCGUCUCAGCUGGAAGAUCCCGAGGUGGGCCGUGACACAGAACUGGCGAACUCUAUGGGUCUGUUUCUCCAGAAGACCAACAUCAUCAGAGAUUACCUGGAGGACCAGCAGGAGGGACGAGCCUUCUGGCCGCAGGAGGCCUGGAGUCAGUUUGCAUCGCGUCUCGAAGAUUUUGCUCAGCCACAGAAUUUAAGCUCCGCCCUUUCCUGUCUCAACCUGCUGGUGACCGACGCCCUCCGUCACGUCCCUGAUGUCAUCACGUAUCUGUCCCGCCUCCGCAACCAGAGCGUCUUCAAUUUCUGUGCCAUCCCGCAGGUGAUGGCAAUAGCAACUCUUUCAGCAUGCUACAAUAACCCUCACGUGUUCCAGGGCGUGGUGAAGAUCCGUAAGGGUCAGGCGGUCACGCUCAUGAUGCAGGCCACAAACAUGAGUGCUGUUCAGAGUAUAAUCGCACAGUACAGUCAGGAGAUCCUGCAGAAAGUUUCCAUUACAGAUCCGUCUCGUGAAAAGACGCUGUGUAUCUUGAGUCUGAUCCGUGAGAAGAGUCUGUCUCCUGCCACGCUGUCAUCCCGAGCACAUCAUCUCUCUCCGGUCUACGUGUCUGCCGCGAUGCUGUUAGCGGCUCUCAGCUGGCAGUACCUCAACGCCACGGCCGGACAGCCACCAGGUGCCACCGAUGUGCAGGGUCACUGAGACUGUACCUGAAUUUAUCCGAAUUCAGUUCAGCCCUACCGGGUCACUGACAUGGACACACAGAGCGCCCUGCACCCGUCCAGGCAACUGCAGCUGUCAGGCGAAGCUUGAAAAGGGAUUGUGGCGGGAUUUUUAGUUUUUAGUUUUUUGUUUUUUUUCCCUGGAGUAAAUCUCACGAAAACAUGUCUGAGUUAUAUUUCACCACAAAAUCAAAAUCAAAAUCAAAAUAAAUUAUAUUUUUACGAGUAUUAAGGUUUUUAAGUACAUUUUCCCCUCACGUUUUAAUGCUUCUGUAUGUUUGACUUUUUAUUACCGCAUUUUCACUGCUGGAUAAAAAUAUGUUGUUUUAUUUAAAUCGGGAUACAUAUAAAUACUAGCAUAAUACUCCAAGUUGUAUGAAUAUAUUUAAUUUAAAUAUGUAAUUUUUUCACAUAACAGAAAUGAGAAUUUGGCGGUAAAAAUGGCUUAAAUUGUCAUUUUAAUGGUUCUAAAAUGGACUAUUUUCUUUUAAAGGAAUAUUCCGGGUUUAUUACAAGUUGAGCUCAAUCGACAGCAUUCGUGGCAUGAUGUUGAUUGCCACAAAAAAAAUAUUUUGACUCGAAAAUAAUUAUUUCCUUUACAAUGGAAGUCAAUGGGGUCAGUAAUCUGUAAACGUUAAAAUACUCACUGUUUCAAAAGUAUAGACACAAGACAUAAACAAUAUGUGUGUUAACAUGAUUUUACUGUCAUACACUUACUAACCACUAUUUAACAGAAGAAUCAAUGUAAGUGCUGUUAUAAAAUGAUAAGCUUCACAUUUCUGCCUUUAAACCCUCCAAAGAAUCGCCCAUUGACUUCCAUUGUAAGUGUCUCACCUGAACACAGAUUUGAGCUUUUUUUUUUUUUUUUUAAGAAAACGAGUCUAAAUGAAUUUUUGUGGUCAUCAGCAUUAUGAUACAAAUGCUGUCGAUUGAGCUCAGCUUGUAUUGAACCCGGAAUAUUCCCUUAAGUGAAAUGUCUCAAAUGUUUUCGUGAAAUUCACUCGGUUUCUACGGCAACUUGCAGAGAUGCGUCUUUGUCGGCUGUCUUUGUGAUGUUCAUUUGAGUUUCUCAGAGAAAAUGGUUCUGUUAUUGAGGUGUUAUUGAGGUGUUAUUGAGGUGUUAUUGAGGUGUUAUUGAGGUUUUUCUUUUGUUCAUUUGGUUUUUGUUUAGUUUGUUUUGACAGUUCUGACGAUUCAUCCUAAACUUCAGGUACAUGCAGAAAAAUGUGUCUCAUUUCAGUAUAAUAAUCACAGUAAUCAUAUAAAAUAUUUUACCCCAGAAAGGGAGAUGAAAUUAUAUUUUGCAUUAAUAUAUUGCAUUUUUUGCAUUACAGGUAAUGUGAAUUUGGGAGGUAAAUGCACUUAAUUGUACUGAAAAUAAUGUAACAAUGCAACACAUUUUAAUGAACCUUUAUGCAAAAAAAAAAAAAAAAAACACAAAAACUUUCUUUUGAUAUUUGGGUGAAAUAUGACCUGGACAUGUUCUUGACAGGUUUGGAUGACAAGGUUGUAUGUUUUCAGAACAUAUAUGUGGAAAUGGCAAAUCACAAUGUUUAAAGUCUCGAUUCAACACUGCGAAUUGUAGAUUCUGUUUUUGCACAAUUUGUCAUUGGAUCAGUUUGAAUAUUCAGUCACUGUAUAACUAAAGCCCAAAUAUUUAAUGUCUGACAUGCACGAAUGGAGAGACUUCAGCAUGUGACUGUAAAGUGUCCUUAUAUUAUAGAGCUUUUAUGAGGAAAAAAUAACUUUGUACAUAUAAUCCAAGGGUCAGUUUAAUUAGCAUUGCUAUGUAAUGUGGGACUUUGAUUUGUAAAUACAUUUAGAGAUAAACAGUAUAUUAAAAAAAUAAUAUGGCU